AUGCGACGCAGUAACUGCGUUAUCGGCAGUGUCUGCGGUAAGCAAACGGUCGAAACCGUCAUACAUGAGGGACGAACCCAGCAGGCCUUCGCAUUCACGCUGAACUUCGCGACGUUCUUCACAACAUGUAUUGCCCUCAACCUUCAGCUCGUCUUGGUACAACGGGUAAACGGCAAAGCAAUGGAGAAAUCCUAUGUUAUUGUAGUCACUUUGCUCAGCAUCGUCUUGACAGUCCCGGCGUUCAGUCCCGGCGUUCGGUCUCAACCAGUUCGGGUACGUGUUGAGCCUCUACUAUCAGAUCCUGUCUCUGAGCGCGAUGUCAACUUCACAGGGUGGGACGAAGCUAAUUUCACCUGUUGGGUCAACACACGAAGGUCCAGUGGCUUAUCGGUACCUACCCAAUCUUUCUGGAUCGCCCUCGCUGCAACGAUCGAGACGAUAUGCUCUGUGACCGAUAUGCUUUGUGACCGUGCUCGUUUGGAUGGCGAAGUUUCCUACAAUCCUUACGCUGCCGUCCUGAAGUCCCGCAACCAACGUGUUCUGCGUUGUCAGGUGCGCACGCGUCACUUCCUAGUCCAGCUCGAUGAGUCCAGCACUCCACUCCGCUCCUGUCCAACCCCGCCAGAUUCUCCGUGCCCCCUCGACCUAACACACUUCUCACACCAUAUCUUCCACCUGCGUACGUCCCCCACUCACGUCGCCUCAGCGGCGCCGCUCCACCCUCCUCCAUGCCCAACGACGUCUGGUCUGGUGGAAGUCGACCAGCGUAGCCUCACUGUCGUCAUUGGCCCCCGAUUUGAUGGCCUCGCGGGUUGGCAUAUGCGGACACGCACGGGUGUAGCUCCGACAUUUUAG